ACGUCGUUCAGCCCCGCCCUACUUCGGGUUAAUACUGAAAAUAAAGUGAGAAGUUUCCAUCAGUGAUAUAUUUGAUGUCAUAUUUACACAACGUACUUUUUAGUAGUGUAAAUUGUGCGAUAAGUAAUAUCUGCAAGUAUAGUGGUGUUGUCCCGUUUCCUCGGCCACACAACUGAUUGCACCCGUUUUCUUGUCCUGCUGUGAGCUGUCUUUGCUCGUCUGUAUCCAUGUAAAGCAGAGGUCUCCAGAAGAGCAUACAGUCUUCUAGGAAGAAGUAUUUGGUGUGUGCAUAUUAAGAAUUAAGAUGGUUGAAGCAUGGUACAUGGACAGUUUAGAUGAUGAUCAGAGGAAGCCACACAGAAUGGAGCCAAAUCAGUCAGUUUCACUACAGGAGCUGGAGAAGCUGGGUGUUUACCACUUAAAGUUGAAUGCAGACAUUUAUGAGGCUGAUCCAGAGCUAAAGAAAAUUCGUACAGAGAGGAACUACACUUUUAUGGAUAUAAUAACAAUACACAAAGAUACGCUACCGAACUAUGAUGAAAAGAUUAAGAUAUUUUAUGCAGAGCAUUUGCAUUUAGAUGAUGAAAUUCGCUACGUCCUUGAAGGUAGUGGAUACUUCGAUGUGAGAAACAAGGAUGAUAAAUGGAUUCGCAUUUCUGUGGUAAAGGGUGACCUGAUCACACUUCCUGCUGGGAUCUAUCAUCGAUUUACACUCGAUGAAAACAACUUUGUGAAGGCAAUGAGGCUGUUUGUUGGUGAACCUGUUUGGACAGCAUACAAUCGACCUGCUGACAGUUACAAAGCUCGCCAAGAUUAUUUAACGUUCUUAGCUCAGGUUGCAUAGAAGUAUCCCAGAUAACCCUGGGGAUACUGUAUGCAGAGUUCUUGCUGAUUAAAUCAGACCAUUCUGUAAUGUUUGGUCAGUCCUAAGA